UCUGAUUGGUUAAACGAAUUUCUUCAGCUAUCCAAUCAACUGAUUUUACUGCAUGAAUCAUUGCUUCAAAUAGCCAUUGAGAAUCCUAGGCAUCCCAUCCCUCAUUAGCAAACACCUCUGGGCGCUGCCUAUUUAAUUCGUGCUCCGGGCCCGUUUCGCUUAUUUCUGGUUCUGAAGCGGUCAGCUGAAAUGCCUGAGACAGCGAAACCUGCUUCGAAGAAGGGCGCCAAGAAAACUCUGCCCAAACCUGCGGGCAAGGCAGGGAAGAAGCGCAAGAGGCUGAGGAAGGAGAGUUACUCCAUCUACAUCUACAAAGUGAUGAAGCAGGUUCACCCCGACACCGGCAUCUCCUCCAAGGCCAUGAGCAUCAUGAACUCAUUCGUCAACGAUAUCUUCGAGCGCAUCGGGGGCGAGGCUUCCCGCCUGGCCCAUUACAACAAGCGGUCAACCAUCACCUCACGGGAGAUCCAGACCGCCGUGCGGCUGCUGCUGCCUGGGGAGCUGGCCAAACACGCCGUGUCCGAAGGGACAAAGGCGGUGACCAAGUACACCAGCUCUAAGUAA